CCGUGUAUCCUUAAUUUAGUGACAUAAGUUAAUUUUAAUUACAAUCAUGUUGUCUUAUAGAUUUAAGUUUGGCUUUGUUUGUCGCAAUUACUCGCAAGCUGUUGCUGCUGCUGCUACCAGUCAUCCUUCUUCGUUUACAAACAAGAAAAAAAAACCCUCGUUUGCGAAAAGCUUUUUUGUAGGAAAUUUUGUAAAAGAUGCAUUUACCAAAAGUAUCAACGAUAUCAGUGUACCGAAAAUCGAUAAACUUCUUGGUGUCAGUGUGCCUAAAGUAUUUGGAGGUUUAGAACUAUCUGCUGCAUCCAUUUCAGAAGCUUAUAAAAGUAUUGGACUUACAAACAGUAAAGCCUACCUAGCCCAUGGUAAUGUUGUGAAGUCUAUUAAUACUUUUGGAACAGAUGAUCAAAAGAAAACCUAUUUACCACAAUUAGCAUCUGGUGAGUUAAUUGCAUCACCUUGUGUUUAUGAAAGUGAACAUGGAUAUGAUGUUCAAAACACCACAACUACUGCUUCCUAUAAAAAUGGAAAAUGGGUAAUAAAUGGUUCAAAGCAAUGGGUAGUUAAUGGAAAACAGGCCAAUAUUUUCUUAGUAUUUGCUAAAACUAUGGAUGAAUGUAACCGACCAGAAAGUGGUUCCAAUUUUUUCACAGUAUUUUUGGUUAAAAAUUCUCCAAACAAUGGCAUUAAGAUUAUUGAUGAUGGUGAUAACUCAAGUGUUUCAUUUAACAAUGUUCAAGCUGAUUGUUAUAUAGGACAAGAAAAUGAAGGUUUAAUGGUUUAUCAAUUAUUGUUCUGUGCAGAUUUAUUAGAAUCAUCUUCUGCUACAUUGGGAGAAUUAAAGAAUAUCAUCUAUAACGCUUCUCAAAAUGUCAAUACCCAUGAUCAAUCUAAUCUUAACAAAUUAGGUAAAUUAAAUAGCCAUAUAUAUACAAUGGAUUGUGUUUUGAAGUUCACUAGUUUGAUUUUUGACUCCUAUGACUCGCAAUGUGAUUAUGAACCAAUUCUUGCACGUUUAUUUAUAAAUGACACUACUCGUAACUGUUUAAAUUUGUUAAACGAAUUGGGAUUUUCUAAAAAAUCAUAUAAAUAUAUUGAAGACUCAUUGUUGUUUGAAGGUAGAUCAAAUUUACUAUCGAUUGUUGGUGCUCUACUUGGUAUUCAAUAUGCUGGUCAAUUUAUGGCAGAAGAUGUAAGACAAUUAAGAAAUCCAUUAAUGUUUCCCAAAUAUACACUAAGUCAUAUUUUAAGAAUUCAACGAUCGUUAAAAGAUAAACCAAAAUUAAAUCAUUAUGUUGAAAACUACAUGCAUCCAACAUUAAAAAAACAAGCCUUGGAUGUAGAAUAUUGCUUGAGCAGAAUGCAAUUUGGUGUUCAAAGUAUGUUUAUCAAUCUUGGCCCUGACACUUUUUACUAUCAAAUGAUACUUGAAAGAGCUAAUAGUACUGCUAUGGAUUUAUUUGCUUUGAUUGCUGUGUUACAUAGAGUUUCACAAAAUUUGUCUCAUUCUAAUACCCGACAAUAUCCUACGGAAUUAAUUUUUAGCAAUUUAUUUAGUAAUAUUAUCCGUGAACGGUGCAGUCAAAAAGUAAAUGAAAUAAUUAAUGCUCCACACAAUGUUAUUGAUCCACAUUUAAAGACCCUUGGUAAAAAGUGUUUUGUCGAAAAAAAUUAUUUCUUUGAACAUGCUUUAAAAAGAAAUAUUGUUUGAUUAAUUUGUUAUUUAACUCAAUGUAG